AUGGCGAUAACAAGGAGAACGAAUAUGGAAGACCACCAGGCUGAAGAGGAAGAACAUGUUGAGGUAGUAGACGAAACUGAUCUCUCCGAGACCGUUCGUUUGCUAAAACGAGAGAUGGAGGCAAUGAAACAACAACGAGAAAAGGAUGCGAGAGAACUUUCGGCCUUGAGAGCCGAAAACGAGGCCUUUAAAAAGGAUAAUAUGUCAUGGAAACCUACUCAAGCUGCAAACACGCAAACCCAAGGGUCUUAUCAAUCCCAAGCGAUCCACACCUCGGUCCCUCAUGCCUCGGCAGCAGCACCUGAGAAGUUCCCUUCGGCCCUACCCACAGUUGGUCGUCCCACAGAUGUGGCAACCAUUGGAUCACACCGACAUCCUUUCACCCCCUCUAUUAUGCAACUCUCCCUAAUGGACAAUGGGAAAUCUUUGCCUAUUGACAAAUAUGAUGGUACAACAGAUCCUGACGAACAUUUGGAUGUUUUUCUGACGCAAGUAACUUUGAGCACCAUAGAUGAUGCCGCGUUGUGUCAGAUUUUUCCAACAUCUCUCAAAGGCAGGGCCCUGAGUUGGUUCACUCGGCUCCCUCCCAAAUCCAUCGACUCGUUCAACACUCUAUCCUCCCAGUUUACUAUUCAGUUUGCCACGGGUCGCCCUCACAUCUUGACGUCCUUGUCGCUGGUUAGCCUUCGGCAAGACAAGAAGGAGUCACUUCGAACUUUCAUGGACCGGUUCAACAAGGCAACCUUGGAAAUCCGAGACCUUAAUCCGGCUGUAGCGCUCCAUCAUCUCACAACAGCUUUGAAACCUGGACCAUUUGUUAAUAGCCUCUGCAAGAAACCUCCUUCGGACAUGAAUGACCUACGAAGGAGAGCCGAUAAAUACAUGCAGAUGGAAGAAUUGGCAGAGUACCGCAAUCAGGCCCGAGCCGAACCAGGGGGCAAACCUGAGAAGCAACCAGAACAACCAUACAGGGGGCGAGGCAAAGAGUUAGCCCUACGUGACCGACCUGCGCGAGGUCCGAAGUACUCCCAUUAUACUCCACUCAAUGCAAGCCGAGCCGCUGUGCUUGAACAAGCCCUAGCAUCAGAAGUGUUAGUCGUCCCAAAAAGAGCCUCAACCCCACCCCGUGCUGAUACCAACAAAUCUUGCAGGUAUCACCGCAAUCGCGGGCAUUCUACCGAAGAGUGCACAACGUUGAAAGAUAAAAUUGAAGAUUUGAUUAAACAAGGGGAGCUCAGAAAUUUCGUGGAUCGGCCAAACUUGUCUCGACAUCAAUCCACAUACCAGCUUCGGCAACAAGACAGAUCUGACCGUUCAGAUAAGCAUCGUCGCGAACGCAGCCGAUCAAGGGAUCGGAAGGAAGAACCUCAUACAACGCAUCGGCGAGUAACCAACACGAUUGCCGGAGGUUUCGCCGGAGGCAGGUCGACAUUAUCAGCUCAAAAAUGA